CAGAAUCAUUCUUCAAAAAGAUUGCACUUGGGCGCGUUCAAGAGCACCGCCGGUUUGGUCAUCGUAAAGAGCGGGACCCGACUACCAAUAUUGUUAGAUCCUUUUUAGAACGUUGGCCACAGUCUCCCAUCUUUUUAAAUCCUCCUCAUCAUUAUCUCUUUCUCUUCCUUGAAACUAGCCGUUACAUCUCUCUCUCUCUCUCAUGGCUGCUUCCCUGGAUUCGCCAUCCCCCGUCCACCUCGCCAGGUCCACAGCCUUGAUGAUUUCUUCACCUCUGUUCAGCCCUGCCUCAGAUAAGUGUUUCUGGAGCACUCUUCGUAGCCGGAUCGAUACGCUUCUCGAGAAUCGCCAAAGCAAGGUUUCCAUCAGCCAAGAUAAACUCAAUCUUGACACAUCUUCAGCCACCCGUGUGAAUGUGGGAGAAUCGGAUCGAGCUAAAAGAAUGAAAGAGGACUCUUUGCUUUUGCUAAGAGGUUUUGACUCCAUUGCUCACACGCUCUCUCAGCUCUCCAAUAAUCUGGAUAACGCUCUUCAGGGAACUAGAUGUCUAGCUGAACCGCCCACAUUGAGAGAAAUUUUUCAUGGCAACAUCAACAACUCAGAGAUUAAACAAGAGGGUUUAGAAAAUGAACAGAAUGAAUCAAAAUUAGAGGAAGGAAAUAAUUCAGUGGAUCAAGGAAAUAAAGGAUCAAAAAGGAAGUUCGAACAAACUGAUGAUAGCUCAGCGGAUCAAGGAAAUAGCUCACACAAGGAAAACGAGCAGAGCCCAAAAGAUAAGCAGAUGAAGAAAGCCAAAAAUCUUGCAGUUUCAAUGGCAAUGAAAGCAGCUUCACUUGCAAGAGAACUCAAGUCAAUAAAAUCUGAUUUAUGUUUCAUGCAAGAGAGAUGCACCCUGCUAGAAGAAGAGAACAGAAAGCUUCGUGAUGGAUUCUCUGAAGGGAUCAGACCAGAGGAAGAUGAUCUGAUGAGGCUUCAAAUGGAGGCACUGCUUGCUGAAAAAUCCAGAUUAGCGAAUGAAAAUGCAAAUCUUAUCAGGGAAAAUCAAUGCCUUCACCAGCUCGUAGAGUACCACCAACUCACCUCCCUCGAUCUCUCUGCAUCCUAUGAGCAACUCGUGCAAGGAAUGUGCUUAGACUUUUCUUCUCCCUCUCCAUCCAUAAAGGAAGAGGCAGAUAAUAAUGAAUAUCCACAAACACCAGAAACCAAUACUUUUGACUUCUCUGCUUCUCUAGAGGAGUGCUCUCGCAAAGAACAUCAGUAGACAUAUGCAUAAUGAAAGCAGCCCUUGGUUUUUGUCAAAAAAAUUGAUUCAGGAUCGGCUUUUGAGUUUUUUAGGUGAUAUGUAAAUUUUUUUAAUAUCUUCACUACGCAGAAUUGUGUAAUUUUUCGUUCUUCCAAGAAUUAUGAGAAUAAAGUAAAACGCUUUUGUUGGAAA